AUGGACGUCGACGCGAAAAUUCGCGCCUACCGCUUUGUCGGCUAUGCGGCCGUGUGCUUCUCGGCGGUUACGGUCAUCAGUGUGUGCAUCACGAUGCCGAUGAUCUACUCCUACUCGCAAACGAUGCGCCGUCACAUCGAGAUCGAGACCGAGAAGUGCCGUACCGACAUCAAGGAUACCUGGACUGAGGUAUCCAUCAUGCGCACACAGGAUAUGCCCACCAACGGCACCAGGGUCGCCCGUCAGGCUUCUCAAUGUAACGGCUGCUGCCUUCCCGGCGUCGCCGGACCCCAGGGAACCCCCGGACAACCUGGUACCCCCGGAAAGAAUGGAGCUCCUGGACAGCCCGGAAACCCCGGCCGCCCGCCAAGCGACAUGUGCGAGCCGGUCACCCCACCACCAUGUGAGCCUUGCCCUGCUGGAGAACCCGGACCCCAAGGACCCCCCGGCACCAGGGGAGACCAGGGACCGCCUGGACCUCCCGGAAAUGAGGGGCCCGAGGGCACCCCGUGUGGAGUUGGCCUCAAGGGAGCCCCCGGCCGACCUGGACCCAAUGGACACCCCGGACAGUCUGGAUCUCCUGGACCUGACGCCGAAUCGAGCAAGUACCAGCCUGGACCUCGUGGACCGCCCGGACCCGCCGGACCUCCCGGACUUGAUGGAUAUCCCGGAAACGAUGGCCCGCCCGGCAACUAUGGUGCUCCCGGCCCGAAGGGACCCGAUGGAGGCGCUGGACAGCCCGGAAAGGACGGCGAGCCCGGAUCGAAAGGAGACUCUGGCAACUCUGGAAUCGAGGGAGAGCGCGGAAUCUGCCCCAAGUACUGCGCCCUCGACGGAGGAGUGUUCUUCGAGGACGGAACCCGACGU